GAAAUAAUACAACAGAAAGCUCUAGGAAGAAUUGCACAAAUUGGAUUUCUCUACGAUGCUACAAGAGAUAUCUUUAAUGGAAUCUCCAUAUUUAGAAAAGAACUUCCACCCAACUUAAUAAAGCAAAUUCCAUCUUAUAAUAUUAACCUCUCAUUUGAAUGCGAAGAUACAUACAAAGGAAAAUUUGGUAAACUAGAUGUUGAAUAUCAAUUGAGAUUAAGCAUUCUCUCAGGCCUAUUUUUUUUAACGGGAACUGGUGAAUAUUUAAUCAACAUGAAAGAUAGCUAUAAAACUAUGAAUGGUAUUUUGGUAUGCAAAAUGAUAUCAUUUACGGAGUAUUUAGAAGUUAAUUUUGAUGAUUUGAAGCCUUGCAUUUCUACGAAUCCAUUUUCUAUGCAAGAUGCUACUCAUGUUGUUACAAGUAUAAAAUGGG